GCCAACCAGAGCUCCCUCCUUGCCAGACUCACGGCUGUCCCCACACCCACACCCGCAGCUCCAGGGCUGUCACUUAUGCGCCCUGCCUGGAGCGAAGACGGGGCCGGGAGUGCCCGGGUGGCUCGUCGGGGAGGAUGCCCGGGCGUCGGCUGUGUGACGGAGCUGCCAGCCGGCCACGGCGAAGGCAGCAGUCGGGAUAAAGCUGCCCAAACUUUCGUCCUUAGCUGCAUUGGAAGAAGCGUCCCUCUCUGAGGCCCAGAGGAGAUCCCCAGGAAGACUGGGGCGCCGGGAGGUGACUGCGCCCCGUGUGCGUAGGAGGCGUCCUCUGGAGUCCCGGAGGUGGCCGAAGAGGCGAGGGCAAUCUCAGGCGUGCGCCCAGGCAAAGGGAAGUCCAGCGGGUGCGGCGCCUUCUUCCUUCCCUUGGCUCUACUGCGACCGUGACCUCCGAGGAGCCCCCCGCACACUUGCUCGGCCAAGGAAGAGGAGCGGUCCGGCUGACCGGGUGUGGGCAGCGACUCGCGGGCAGGCCGGAGGCGCAUGGAGGCGCCGCGGAGGCGGCGCGGCUGGCCAGCGGCGCGGGGGAGCGCGCACGCCGCGCCCCGGCCUCCCCGGGGACCUGGCCGGCCACUGUGUUUGCUUCCUUGGGCUGGGCUAUUUGCGGCUUGCUAUUACCCGGAGCGCGGAGCCCGCUGAGCGUACGCCUGACGCGUGGCGGGACAGGUGUAGCCUGCAGCCUCAGGAGCCGCACUCAGAAGGACUGGGCGGGCUCGGCCGGCCCGGAGUUGGCUUUUGGCUCAAGGAACUCCAGUCCCCGCCACGCAGGCCGAGUGGCCUGGCACUUGGGGCUGCCAGUCGGGUCUAGGGAAGCCGCGGCGGUCCCCCCCCCCCCCGGGCACGGUCUUGAUGCCCGUUGCCCGCGGCGGGCCCCGGGCCGGUUCCAGGACCUAGCCGCGCGCGGUCCGCUCCCGGCGCCUCCUUCAUGCUGCUCGGAGCGUCCUGGUUGUGUGCGUCCAAGGCGGCCGCCGCUGCUGCGCAGAGCGAGGGCGACGAGGACAGCCCAGGCGAGCGGCGGCGGCGGCGGGCAGCGGCCGCGGGCGAGAACAUGGACGAGUCGUCUCUGCUGGACCUGCUGGAAUGCUCCGUGUGCCUGGAGCGCCUGGACACCACGGCCAAGGUGCUGCCGUGCCAGCACACCUUCUGCCGUCGCUGCCUGGAGAGCAUCGUGUGCUCGCGACACGAGCUGCGAUGCCCUGAAUGUCGCAUCCUGGUGGGUUGCGGCGUGGACGAGCUGCCGGCCAACAUCUUGCUGGUGCGCCUCCUGGACGGCAUCCGCCAGCGGCCGCGCGCGGGCGUGAGUCCUGGCAGCAGCCCGCCCGCGCGCCCUGGCUCCAGUCCCAGUGCGGCCCCGGUGCUUGCCGGCGGGGGUGCGGCCGGCAGCGUCCCGGGCUCCCCAGUUUUCCUCCCCGGGGCUGCAGGAAAUGCCACAGCCGGCUUGUGCGAACUGAUGAGCAGCAGGAGCGCGCCCGGGGCCAAGACGCUAUCCCAGCUUACCUACGGCAAAGCCCUCUACAGCUAUGAGGGGAAGGAACCUGGAGACCUCAAGUUCAACAAAGGGGACCUCAUCAUUCUACGGCACAAGGUGGACGAGCACUGGUACCAUGGCGAGUUGCGUGGCGCGCAGGGCUUCCUCCCAGCCAGCUACAUCCAGUGUGUUUGGCCCUCGUCACAGGCCCCACCCCAGGGCAAGGCACUUUACGAUUUUGAGAUGAAGGACAGAGAUCAAGACAAAGACUGUCUGACCUUCACCAAGGAUGAAAUUUUGACCGUGAUCCGAAGAGUGGAUGAUAACUGGGCAGAAGGAAUGCUAGGGGACAAGAUUGGGAUCUUCCCCCUACUCUAUGUGGAGCUCAACGACUCUGCCAAGCAGCUCAUUGAGAUGGACAAGCCAUGCCUGGCCGCUGCAUCGAGCUGCAACACCUCCUUGUCCUCUGAUACCGGUGCUGCGGCCAGCGUGACCCCGGGUCCCACCGUAAGCAGCUCAGGGGCGGUCAGUGCCUUUCAGCGACGUGUGGACAGCAAGAAGAAUACCAAGAAACGUCACUCCUUCACCGCACUCAGCGUCACACACAAGUCCUCGCAGGCUGCCAGCCACAGGCACUCCAUGGAGAUCAGUGCCCCGGUGCUGAUCAGCUCCAGCGACCCCCGAGCCGCAGCCAGGAUCGGCGACCUUGCUCAUCUGUCCUGUGCUGCUCAGGAUUCCUCCUUGGCCGGACCUGCCCCCACAGCCGUCCCGCGAGCUGCCACUGUGGCCGGAGAGCAGGGCAUACCUCCCAAAGUCCAGCUUCCCCUCAACGUGCACCUGGCGCUCUAUGCCUACAAGCCCCAGAAGAACGACGAGCUGGAGCUGCGCAAGGGCGAGAUGUACCGGGUGCUGGAGAAGUGCCAGGAUGGCUGGUUCAAGGGGGCAUCCCUGCGGACCGGGCUCUCUGGGGUGUUCCCCGGCAACUACGUGACGCCCGUCUCGAGGGUUUCUGGAGGAGGGGCUGGGCCUCCCCGGAAUAAUGGGGUCGGAGGGUCUCCACUGGCCAAAGGGAUGACUACAACCAUGCACCCUGGUGGGGGAAGCCUGAGCAGUCCAGCCAUUGCCAGCAGGCCUGCCCUGCCCCUCACCUCGCCACAGACCCAUGCCCAGCAUCAAGCAGCUUCCUUGUCCACCGGCACCUGUCAGCAACACAUGACCCAGCCAACGGUCAGCCAGGCCCGGAAUACCAUCCCAACAGCUGCCCACUCCUCAGCACAAGGUCAAGAGCGACCGACUGCCACCGUGUCACCCCUUCGCACCCCAAACUCUCCUUCCCGCCUGCCUGCCACCAGCCUCAGGCCCCGCUCCAACGUGUCCCCACAGCAUGGCCACCAGCCCCCAGUGCAAGUGUGCUCCCGGCCAACCAUCCCUCUGUCGUCAGCAGCCUCAGCCAUCACACCUCCCAACGUCAGUGCGGCCAACCUAAACGGGGAGGCCGGCAGCGGCCUGUCCACAGGAAGCCCCACCAACACAGCUUGCAAACCAGAUGAAAAGAAAAAUGAAAAGAAAGAGAAGAAGGGCGGACUACUGAAGCUGCUAGCCGGCGCCUCCACCAAGAAGAAGCCACGCUCCCCAACGUCUGUCUCUCCGACCCACGACUCCCAGGUGGCCAUGGACGUCGUCCUCCAGGGUGCGAUGGGCCCUGAAGUGUCCUCGCUGUCCAUCCACGGCAGGGCUGGGUCCUGCCCCAUAGAGAGCGAGAUGCGAGGAGCCAUGGGGCUAGAGCCGCUACACAGGAAGGCUGGAUCCUUGGAUCUCAACUUCUCUUCAUCCCCUUCCCACCAGGCACCUCUUUCCAUGGCUGCCAUCCGCCCCGAGCCCAAGCCAUUGCCCAGUGAGAGAUACCGUGUCGUGGUCUCCUACCCACCACAGAGCGAGGCAGAGAUUGAGCUGAAGGAAGGGGACGUUGUCUUUGUGCACAAGAAGCGAGAAGACGGCUGGUACAAGGGGACCCUGCAGCGCAACGGGCGCACCGGCCUCUUCCCUGGAAGCUUCGUGGAGAGUUUCUGAGCCGUUGAGCCUCUGCACCCCACCGCCCCAAGAGGAGGCCUCUCAGGAGGAGGCUGCAGCAUGGGGAUGGGGGGCCGCUGCCUUGGUCAGAGGGCCCCAGGUGUCCUUUGAGGUACCUGACAGGUGGCACUCUGGACUGGGGCUGG